AUGGACGGACUAGACGACGCCGUGGAUGGAGUAGCUGGGCUCACCGAGCUAUCCAAAGAGAGCGAGGGUGUGCUAGUCUUCAUAGGAGAGGCAGGAGAAGCUGGCUGCGUCGUAAGAGGUGAAUCAUUAGUGUCGGCAGCAGAGUGCACUAACAGCUCGGGCUUGGGAAGAGCUGGAUCAAUAGAAGGCGGUCUAGGCUAA